AUGAGCCAACCUCCAGCUGCGAACAUGGCUCCGGUCAUGGCGCACACCAAAGAAGAAGUGGAGACCCUUCGUAUCGAACCGGUCGGUACCGCCCUUGAAGAACUCGACCGGGUGGUCACAGCAGCGACCAACUACUCCUUACGAGCACCGCACGACGCUCCUGUCAACUUGACCAAGACCAAACAAAUGGCCAUUACCGCACUCAUUGUGACGGGUAAUCUGAUACAGUUCGUCACCAUGUUCUCGACCAUGGCGGCAGCCUUCAAAUACAGCGAAGUGCUUGGGCACCCCGCUGCACCAGGACAGUCCAAUUGGAUGGCAGCAGCAUACCCGCUCACGCAGAGUUCUUUCGUCCUGGUCAGCGGACGGCUUGGUGCAGUCUUCGGUCACAAACUGAUGCUGUUGCUCGGAGUCGCAAUCAUCGCCGUCUUCUCCCUCGUCAACGCCUUCUGCCCCACAUACGAGUCCUUUAUCGCCGUUCGUGCUCUGACCGGCAUAGGCGGCGGCAUCCUGAUGCCCAACGCCGUCGCGCUGCUCACCAUCAUGGUGCCACCGGGCAAAGUCCGCAACAUCACCCUCGCCACAUUCGCAGCCUCUCCACCGGUUGGCGCCAUGAUCGGAGCGCUCCUCGCUGGAGCCUUCCUGGAGAAGUCGGAAUGGAAAUACUUCUUCGUACUCGUCGCCAUCAUCGGAGCCGUCGUAUUCGCGGGACUGUGCCUCGUCCUCCCCACCGAAGACAUCGUCGACAAGGGCGGAAAAGUAGACUGGGUAGGCAUCGCGCUCGGCGUCAGCGGUCUCGCACUAUUCAACUUCUCCUGGAACCAAGCACCAUCAGUCGGAUGGCAAACCCCGUACGUCAUCGCCACCCUGAUCCUCUCCAUCCUCUCCAUCCUCGGCUUCCUCCUCUGGGAAGCCAAGUUCGCCGGCGCCUCGCCCAUCAUGCCGCUCUCCGUCUUCGCCGCGCCCACCUUCACCGCCCUCAUCCUCGUCGUGCUCCUCACCUACAUGGCCUUCGGCAUGAGCAUGUGGUACAUGGUGGCGUGGCAGGAGGUGACGCGCGGGUGGUCGGCGCUGCACCUCGCCGUCGGCUGGAUCCCCUUCGCCGCGGGCGCGUCCGUGGCCGUCGCCGCCGCCGCCUGGCUGAUCCCCCGCGUCGGCGCGCGCUGGGUCCUCGCCGUCGGCAUCGUCUCGUGCCUCGCCUCGUCGCUGCUGCUCGCCACUCAGCCCGCCCAGCAGUCGUACUGGAAGCAGACUUUUCCCGCCAUCGUGCUCGGCAGCCUGUGUCCGGACUUCACCUACGUCGCCGCCCAGAUCAUCGCGAGCAACAGCGUCGGGAGGCGCAAUCAGGGCGUCGCCGGCAGCCUGGUCGGCACCCUCAACUUGUACGGCGUUAGUUUGGGGUUGGGGUUUUCCGGGACCAUCGAGGUCCAGGUCUUGAAGAACGGCGCGAGCGAGGUGCAGGGGUAUCGUGCGGCCCUGUACUUUGGCGCGGCGCUGGCGGUUGCUGCGUUGAUCAUGGACUUUGCGUUUGUGAGGGUGCCCAAGAAUGAUGGGGAGGGCUGGAAGGGAGAAGACAAGGAGGUUUCGGACGGUACGGCCACUCCUGGCGAGGCUUGA